AUGGUCGAGCCGGCAGGGGACGGCCUUCAGCUUCUCCAUGCUUCAAUAGUGCUGAUAAUCCUAGCCUGGCUCACAUUCAUUGCACGGACAUCAGUUCGUCUUUGGCGAAAAGCGUUGGGCUGGGAUGACAUUUUGAUGUUUAUAGGCCUCCUUCUCUUCACAGUGACAGCUUCCUUAUGCAUUGUCUGCAGCUAUCUCGGAUCUGGCCAGCUUGCUGCCAAACUGCAUCCCAGUGAUAUCAUGAAAGGAACCAAGGUGCAUACUCUUGUGAAUCUUCAAUUGAGGAUCGAACAAAGCCAAACUGACCCUCACAAAAAGCUCUUCUUCAUCGCCGAAUACUUCUACGCCUCCAGCACUGUCUUCAUUAAGAGCAGCAUCGCCAUUACUCUCCUUCGAAUCGCCGAAUCUCGCCGUCGCUACAGGUGGAUCAUUUGGAGCGUCAUAAUCGCCACAAGCAUUUCCUGCAUCGUAUUCAUAGCCGGUAUUUCCAAUAUUUGCCAUCCCAUCACUACCUUAUGGGGCGAAACUACUACCGGCACGUGCAAUCUUGAACUUAACAGCGAUGUCAGCUUCUUCUUUUCUGCUAUAGAGAUUAUAACCGACUGGACUUUGGCAAUUCUGCCUGGGGCUCUGUUGUGGAAGAUACAGAUGAAGAGCAGGGUCAAGCUCUCGGUAGCCAUGAUUCUGGGGAUGGGCGCAUUUGCAAGCUGUGCAACAAUUGUUCGACUCCGCUACCUAACCCUAUACAACAACCCGGCAGAAUUCAUGUUCGGCACCGGCAGGAUUGGCCUUUGGUCUAUAAUCGAAGAAGGCAUUGGCAUCGUCGCUGGCUCUCUACAUGCUCUUCGCCCCCUCCUCUCACUGCCCAUCUUUGGCGGUAGCUCCAGCGGCAACACCAGCGGCUCGGCUUCGAAUAAUAAAUUCAUGCAGUCAAGAAGUGGGCACCAUCAGGGCAUGCGUGAUGACAUUCACUUGGACACGUUUCACCAGCUAGCAGAUACAGACGGGGAUGGGGAGAGCGCCAAGCAUAUCUUAAAGGAGACGAAAGUGACGAUGGAGAGGAGCGAUCGAGCCGCUUCACCGGGAGAAUACGGCAGGAGUCAGGUCUUAGGGUGGAAGAAGGACAAUUUUGAGGGCUGA